AUGGACCAAGGAGACGAGGAGAUUAACUGUUUCCUCCGAGCUGUGGAGGAUGGAGGUCUGCUGAGAGGCUGCAGGGAGCUGUCCCCCCACCACACCUCCUCCUGCAUCUCCAUCACCUCCUCCUCCUCCUCCUCCUCCUCCUCCUCCUCCUCCUCCUCCUCCUCAGCCGACAGACACGCGGCCCUGCCCUCGCUCCAGACCCGGGCACCUGGCGGGUCGGAGCCGAGGAGAUCCGCGCUGAACCGCAGCCGAGCCGGCCGGGAGGGACGAGGGGACCCGGGCCCGGAGGACCGGUCCGGUCCGGCCGGAGGAGAGCUGAUGAUCUCCAUGAGGGAGGCGGGAGGAGGCGCCUCCAUCCCCGCGGCCUCCAGCGCUGCGACAUGCGCCACAAGCAAAGAGGAGCGGAAGGGGAAGAACAUGAUCCGCGGCUGGAAGAGGGACCGGGACCGGGACCGGGUCCGGGACCAGGACCGGGACCAGGUCCGGGACAGCGCUCCUCCUGCCGCUCCCUGCGUCCGGCAGAGGAAGGAGAGGAGCGGGGAUGCUGCACACCCGCUGGAUUGUGGAGCUCGAGGCGGCGGCGCUAUUGUUGUCAGGCGGCAGCAUGACGACACGCCGGCCGCCAAGAAACCCCGAGGAGCCGAGCAGGUCGACCCCAUGUUCACUGUGCCGGCCCCCCCCGCCCCGGGCCACCCCGGCGCCUCUCUGCCCUCGGCUCCUUCCUUCUCCCCUCCGGCCCUGCCCACAUCCAACCCUCUGCAGAUGGCAGUGAGGACCAGGUCCAUCGGCACCAACACCCAGGAUGCAGGCGCCUCCGGGCCCCUAGAGGGCGACCCGGCCGGUCUGGGGCCGUGUCAGCCCGGGACCAGCGUGAACCUGGAGGGCAUCGUGUGGCACGAGACCGACGAAGGUGUCCUGGUGGUGAACGUGACCUGGAGGAAGAGAACCUACGUGGGAACCUUGUUAGACUGCAGCAAGCACGACUGGGCCCCACCGAGAUUUUGCGAGUCGCCCUCCAGUGACCCCGAGCUGCCAGGUGGGCGUGGCCGGGGGAAACGGAUGCGGAUGGCGAUGGCCGAGCGUCCCUGCAUUGAGCCGGCGCCCGCUGCCAAAGUCAGAGGUCUCACACAGCACAGGAGCCGCGGAGGAGGCGUGGCCGGAACCUCUGCGCCGAUCCACAGCAAGGGCCGGCGAGGCAGCCUCAACCUCAUCAACAGCACCUGCCGAGCUCCAGCUUCUUUCUUCACCGUGGACGACGUGAAACCUUCCCACAGCGCCCCCUCCCUUUCGUCUGGGAAGCGAAAGAACAAACCUCCGGCCGACCUGGACCUCAGCCUGGUCUCUUCUGACGACAUCAAAAAUGGCAACGGGAAGCGGAUUCGAGCCAAAUCCCGCAGCGCCCCGUCCACGCCGCAGGGCAAAUCUGACCCCUCCUUCAUGGAUCCAGGGGGAGGUGGUGCCUCUUCACCACCCCCGCCCAUUCUCAUAGACUGUCCCCACCCCAACUGCACUAAACGCUACAAGCACAUCAACGGGCUGCGCUACCACCAGACACAUGCACACCUGGAGGCCGAGGAGCAGAGGAAGCCUGAGCUGGAGCCCAUGAAGGACGGAGAAAGUGAGGAGCGACUAUCAGACUGUGAGGACACCAUCAGCAACAUAACAUACGACCUCACAGAGCCUAACAGCAGCACUAAUGCCAACAGUUCCUCGAAGAAACCUGCACCUCUCUACAAGGUGACCACGGUAGGGUCUCCUAAGAACAGACGGCUACUCCUGAGUACCGACCACAGCCCCACAGCUAACUCUAAAACCAGAAGAACCUCACUGCUAAAAGAUGGGCUCAUCGAUGACCUCAGCAAUCUGCCCAUCAUCUCCAACAUGACCGUGGUCCUGGAGAACUGCAUGGUCCCAGACAGGAACUCCAUGGUGGAGAUGCCCAAACUUGAAGCUGAAGGUUUGAUCGACAAGAAGGGAGGCGCAUGUGAUAAAGGCAAGAAGGCCAAUGGGAAGGUGGAGAAACUUUCCAAGUCACGGACAAACCGGCCAAUUGCUCCAGCUCCUGCUCCUCCCAAGCUGAUCGCCAUACCCAAUGCAACGUAUCCCCCCGGCACAGCAGAUACUGCCCCCCCACCGCAGGCCUCUCCCAUGGCAGCUGUGGGUCUCACGAGUAAAACCCUUCCUCUAAAACCAAUCAAACCAAAGCUGAGCAUCGUUGUGGAGCCGACCCUCGUCAAAGCAACACUGGUUACCUGCAGCAAAGAGACCAGGAAGAAGGAGAAGCGGAGGCUGAAGGACAAACACAACAAAGACGAGUCCACCAGGACACCUAAUGGAGACAGCAGCGGGAUCAAAAUGGAGGAUGGUGGUGGUGGAUCUAAAAUGGGUGUCAAGGAAAUUUCUGGAAGCCUUCUGAAGGAACACCUCAGCAAGCAGGACGUGAUGAAUGGACUCACAGAAAGCCAAGAGAGCAGGAUGGCCAGUAUCCGUGCAGAGGCCGAUAAGGUCUACACCUUCACGGACAACGCCCCCAGUCCCUCCAUCGGCAGUUCCUCGCGGCUCGACGCCGGUGGGAGUUGCCUGGUAGCAGCUGACAGCAGCAGCAAGAACAACAGUCCCGCUUACUCCGACAUCUCCGAUGCCGGGGACGAUGGAUCCUCCGAAUGUCGGUCAGAUGGCCUCAGAUCCAAGUCCGGCUCGUCUGCCUCUUCUGAUGUGAGCUCUAACGGUAACCAUAGUAACUCUGGUAAAACCCCUCCCACUUCAUCUGCCCCAUCCUCAAAAGACUCCCAGUCUCCAUACUACCACAGCUACGAACCCUACUACCUGCCGGGGUACAUGCAGUCGGAAAGGCAGAACAGCAGCAGUGUUGCUUUCCACAAAAGCUCUGCCCAUGACGGCAAAGGGAAAGACAGAAAGGAAGAAGUGAAGGAGGAUGACAAAAGCUCUUCCAACGAGUUCUUGGACUCUAAGAAAGGCGAUGGGCCGCCUCAAUCUCAGCUGCAGCUGGCCAUGAGUCAGACCCAGACUGCGUUAGCCCAGUCCCUGUACUAUGGCCAGUACUCCAGAGGACUUUACAUGGACCAGAAAAUCUUACUGGCCUCCAAAUGCUGUGACCAGCCACCAGGUGGCAAGCAGAGGGGCGAGAGGGGUCAGGGGUUGAGAGACAGUGAGGACCUUAAGCACAUGGUUGGAGGACCAGCCAGUGGACCCUUGCUAGGGAAGGGUCCGGACGGGACUAAAGGCUGCUGUCCCAAAGCCAUCCUGUCCUACGUGGAGAUGAGUGAGAGAGGAGAAAGGGUCCAGGGUCUGAGCUUGAAGGCGGUUCACGGUGGACUGGUGGACCAGCACCAGGUCUCGAUGAAAGACUGUGAUGACAUCAAGUCACCCUCUUCUUCCUCCUCUUCAUCACUCCACAACGUGAACAGUCAGACAGAUCUGGACUCAAAUGUUUCCUUUUCCAGUGCCUCAGACGGCCCGGCCUGGGCUCAGCGCCUCGCGCACAGCAAGUUCAUCGAGCUGCAGCACGGCGAGGAGGCCGAGGAGGGCGAGGCCGACCCGGGCACAGAGUGGGGCGCCACCGUGGAGCCGGCCGGGGCCAAGAUGACCUCGGGAGGAGGAGACCGAGGAGCAGGCGGGGAUGCUAACAAAGCCAGAGUCCACGGAUCCCACGAUCUCCCGCCGGUCAUCGACCCCGAGGACUCCGACCGGCUGGAGGGGCUGGACGAUCAGGGUCAGGAGCCAAUAGGAGGGCUUUCUGAGGAGCCUCAGAGCGCCCGGGCGGCGGUGUCUCCUCCCAUGACGCCCCAGCAGCCCUACCUCCAGUACCAGCACUCCUCCUACCCGCCCUACCUGGCGAUGUGCGAGAGCAGCGGCGCCUCCUACCGAGGGGUUUCGCCGACGCUGGUGCACAACUACCCGGGUUUCCACUACCCUCUGUACGGUAAGACGGCCGGCCGGGAGGAGUCAGAGGUGACCCCGCCCGGCAGAGGGGGGGCGGUGAGCAGCAAGCAGAGCAGCGACUCCACCUCCUCGUCGGCCAUGGAGCUGCUGCAGCAACAGAGCCACCAGUACCACGGGAAAUCUCCUGCUCCUGGAGAGAAGGGUUCCCCGGAGGGAGAGAGAGAGACGGAGAGAGAGAGGAACCACGUGUCGUUCGCCCGACACCUCCACACACACCACCACACACACUUGGGUAUGAGCUACAACCUGAUGUCAGGGCAGUACGACAUCUACCAAGGGUUGAGCUCCAGGUCGCUGGUCUCCAGCCAGCAGGGGGCAGGACACUCCUCCUCCGAGGCCGAAGGGAAGAAGUAG